AUGAAAACGAUCGUGGUCACGAACCGAAAAGGCGGCGUCGGCAAGACGUCGACGACCCACAGUCUUGCCCAUGGGCUCGCCCGUCUAGGACGCCGAGUGUUGAUGCUCGACCUCGACAGCCAGGGCCAUCUAUCGGUGUGGUGCGAGGCGCCGGCGGAUGCGCCGACUCUGGCCGAGGUGGUCUCUGAAAAGACUGCCCUCUUGGAAGCCAAGCUCUCGAUCUACUCGGAUGAGGAUUCGGGCGGAACAGUAGACCUGAUCCCCGGCGGAGAUCGGCUCUUUCUGGCGGAGGGUGAGAUCGAGCGACGCCACUCGAUCCCCCAGCUCUGGCUCAAGGAGCAAUUCGAGCUUGCGAGGACCGAGACAUACGAUGUGAUCUUGAUGGACUGCUCACCGGCGGUUUCCGUGCUCUGGUCUGCUGCGAUCGUCGCCGCUGAUUGGGUGAUCGCCCCUACCGAGGCCACCGGCCUUGGGGUCGAAGCCGUCGCCGAGCUCCACGUCCGUCUCGCGCAAUUGUCGAAGCUCAACGCCGCGGUCCAGCUGUGGGGCGUGGUCGUGACCCCAUACGACGCACGUACGAAUCUCGGGCGCGAAGCUUUCGAGGCUUUCCAAGAACAAGCCAACGGCUCGACCGUCUGGCCCGUCCGACGCAAUGUGAAGCUCUCCGAGGCCUUCGGAUAUCGGGAAUCCAUCUACCAGCACGCCAAAGACUCAGCCGCGGCCGAAGACUACGGAGCGAUUGCAGCAGCCAUCCAUAAGGAUCUCGGCUGA